AUGUCAACUAUGCACGACGAAACCGAACAUCCAACUGUCGCAAAAGUUUGCGAUUACAUAAAAGAAAGGAGAAAACGCCGCAAGAGACUCCUGAAAGAGCUGUUCCUGGAUUUCGCGAAGAACACAACGCUUCAUGGACUGAGAUACACUACUGAGAAAGGUCUACAGGUUAUUGAAAAGGUGUUCUGGCUCAUCACGUUCCACGCCAGCGUGUGCAUAUCCUUCUACUUCAUAUACGAGGCCUGGUGGAAGUGGAGCACCAGUCCCGUCAUUGUCAGCUUUAACCAGAAGUUCAUCUCAGUAGAUGAGUUAUCAGUUAACUACACUGACAUAUUACGAUCAUGGACUUGGUUAGGAACUAAAAGCAACGGAGAUGAAAGGGUCAAAAGAGUAUUAACCAAAGAAGGAGUCUGCUACAACUUUAAUGGACUGGCUGCUCAUGAAAUAUUAAAAGUGGAAAACUUGCAACGCGAAUAUAAUUACACCUUUCAUACAGCUGAAGCAAAGGAUUGGUCCUUAACAAAAGGAUAUGCCAGUAAAAAUAAGAUGGCCUACCCAUUCAGAGGGACAGAAGGCAAUGGAGCACCGACGCUGUCGAUGGAAUUGAAUUUCUUCGAAAAUGAAAGAGACACAUCUUGCAACCGUCUGUAUAGUGGCUACAACAUUUAUCUCCACCACCCUGGUGACCUACCACAGGCCUUGACGUACCAUUUUACGGCCAACCUAGACCAACUGACAUCGUUAGCUGUCAAAGUCUCCAUUAGAACCACAAGCAAGAAUUUAAAGUCAUAUCCCGUUGAACUACGUCAGUGCUACUUUCCCGAAGAUCGCUCCUUAAAGUUUUUCCGCGUGUACACAUACAACAACUGCAAACUGGAAUGUCUUACCGACUACACGUACAGAAAAUGCGGCUGCGUUGCGUUUUACAUGCCAUUCAACGACAGCAAGUCAAUCUGCCCCGGCCGACUGAUGGAAGAAUGUGUCUCAGAAGCAGAAGUGUCCUUUACAAUGACGGCGACCUGCGACUGCCUGCCGGCCUGCAACACGAUACAGUACGACGCCAUAGUCCACAAAGCCAAGUACCACUACGAAAGGGACGUCAACUUGACUUCCGAACAGUUUUCGAUGCUGAACUCCUACCUUGGGACGGCAGGAAGUGAAACCGCUGUUAGAUACACUGUGGGAAAAGUGGACAUUUACUUCAAAGAACCCAUAUUCAUGCCCAUCCAUCUGUCCGAGUUGAUAGGCUUAGCGGAUUUCCUAGGCGCCUGUGGCGGUCUACUUGGCUUAUUCCUUGGCUUUUCUUUCUUGAGCUUUGUUGAGGUUUUCUACUUUUCAACGUUCAGGGUGUAUUAUACAAUACAAAAUGACAAGAAAAAUGAAAAAGCAGAAUUAUCUUUGAAAGCUAUCAAUGAUAAAAAGUAA